AUGGAUAAUGUUACGCAACCUACACAACAAUCUACCCAAGCUACUCAAAAAUAUUUAAUUGAAAAAUUCUCUCAAGAAAAGAUCAAUAAUGAUAUUGUUUGUAGAGUUAUUUGUACACGAGGUCAAAUACCGAUCAAAGAUUUAGCAGUUGAUAUCAAUGAAGUGUUGAAAGAAAAGGAACCUAUAAAAAAAAUAUGGACAUUUGGAAGAAACCCUAAAUCCGAUUAUUUUCUUGGAAAUAUCACACGAUUAUCUAAUAAACAUUUCCAAAUCAUGCUAGGUGAAGAUGGAAACCUAUUAUUAAGAGACCUUUCUACCAAUGGCACAUGGUUAAAUGGGGAGAAAUUAAAUAAAGAUCACAAUCAAAUAUUAUCACAAGGUGACGAAAUUACAGUGGGACGUGGUGUAGACAAAGAUACCGUAAGUCUAAUAAUAUUUAUCAAUGGAGAUUUCAAAGAUCAAUUAGAAAUAGCGAAGAAUGAAUAUCGAACAAAUUUAAAUAAUAGCACAAAUCCUGGAAUUUCAAAUAAAAAACAUCUGAAUGGUCUUAAUGGUAUACCAUCUCAACAAGGUAUAUUAAAAGAUUUUUCGAUAAAUGAUGAAGUUGUAGGACAAGGUGCGUUUGCUACAGUUAAAAAAGCUGUAGAAAGAUCCACUGGCAGAACAUUUGCAGUGAAAAUUAUCAAUAAAAGAAAAGUAAUGGGCAAUUUAUCUGGAGUAACAAGAGAAUUAGAGAUAUUAAGAAAAUUGGAUCAUCCAAGAAUCGUACGACUUAAGGGAUUUUAUGAAGAUGAGGAAAGUUAUUAUCUUGUUAUGGAAUUUGUUUCUGGUGGAGAUUUAAUGGAUUUCGUAGCAGCGCAUGGAUCUGUUGGUGAAGAUGCUGGUAGAGAGAUUACAAGGCAAAUAUUAGAAGCUGUUGCAUAUAUGCAUGAAAAGGGAAUUAGUCAUCGUGAUAUUAAACCUGAUAACAUAUUAAUCGAACAAGAUGAUCCUGUAUUGGUUAAGAUUACAGAUUUUGGAUUAGCCAAAGUUCAAGGAAAUGGGACGUUUAUGAAAACUUUUUGUGGUACAUUGGCAUACGUAGCGCCUGAAGUGAUUAGUGGUAAGAAUGCUGCUACUGAAAAUGAUGAUCGAAUAGAAUAUUCAUCAUUAGUUGACAUGUGGUCUAUUGGUUGUCUAGUAUAUGUUAUUUUAACAGCACAUUUACCCUUUAGUGGUAGUACACAACAGGAAUUAUAUGAACAAAUCAAUCGUGGCUCAUAUCAUGAAGGUCCAUUAAAGGAUUAUCGAGUUUCUGAAGAAGCUAGAGAUUUUAUAGAAAGUUUAAUCCAAGUAGACCCUAAUAAUCGAUUAACCGCUAAAGACGCAUUAAAACACGAAUGGAUCAAAUUAGGAAUAUUUGGAUCAGAAUCUCAAUCCAUGUCCCAAUCUCAAUCACAAUUACAAAUGGAAUUACAAUCACAAUUACAAACUGAAUUGAAAAAUAUCAAAUCUGAACUCCCCCUUUCACCAUCCUGGCAACGGGAUGAAACGAAAGAUAGUAAUAAUAGUGCAUUACUGACAAAUCUUUAUAAUGAAGAAGAUGAUCAAUUAUAUACAAAUGCAGUUUCAUUAUCUCAGUCGUUAUCACAACAAAAGCAAUUAGAAAACUUAAAUGAUGCACAAUUUGAAUUUAUUAAAAUACGAAGAAAGAAACAAUUAGACAUUUUGAAAGAACUGGAGAAAAAGCAAAGGCAGAUAAAGGAUAAUAAUUGGAAAGAUGGAUUUAAAAUUCCAGAAGGCGGAGCCCCCAUCAGAUUAACUCAACCACCGCAACAACAUCAACUACAAUCACAAUCACAACAAACUGUUGUUCCCAAUGCAUCAAAUGCUAUAAAAAGAGAGGCUUCGAAAUCUGUAACGAAUGGGAAAUUCUUAACUUUAGUUCCAUGUAAAGAUAGUGUAAUUCAAGAGAGGAUAUCUAUCAAACAAGGGAUCAACCCCUUUUUCAUCGGUCGAUCUAAUGAUUGCCAUUGCAAGAUUGAAGAUACACGGUUAUCAAGAGUACAUUGUUUUGUCCUGAAGAAAAGACAUCCUGUGGGUGAUAGUUUCAUUGAAAGUCCCGCCAUGGGGUUGGAUGAUAUUUGGUAUUGUCAAAUAGGUACCAAUCUGGGAUACAUUAAUGAUCGGAAGGUUAGUAAUGGUGAGAAAAUGUUAUUAUUUGAAGGUGAUGUAAUUCGAAUCAUUUGGGAUAAAGAGAACAAUUAUAGUUUUUCAUUCAAAGUGAUGAUAAAUGAUGAUACUGGAUUAUUUAAUAAUGGACGUGAUAUGAACGAUAUGAAACAAAGAGCGAUUGUUAAAUUGAGCAAUAAUGAAAAAGAAUUUGUCAAUCGAUUAAGUCAAAUGAUGCAAUUGAAAAGAAACGGUGGAGCUGGAGUAAUAAAGAAAAAUGUUCAAGAUGAGAAAAAUACAAGCAAACCAUUGAAAAGAGUACAUUCUUUAAGUCUAUCACAAUCGCAAGUGGACCCUACUAAGAAAGUCAAAAGGGCUCAAUUGGAUCCUACAGAUGAUGCUACUGCUAAUAUGCAAUUCUAUUAA